AUGCCGAGCACCUCGGAGGCGGCGUCCGGAGGCGGGAGCGGCGGCGGCGUGCGGGGCUGGGGCGGCUCGGAGUCGCCGGUGGCGGAGAAGAAGCGGCUGCACCACCGCCGGCGGAAGCGCUACGCCUCGGCUCCGCUGCCGCCGCCGCCGCCUCCUCCUUCUGCCGGGGUGGCGGGCCCGGCCGUGACUCCUUCGCUGCUGUUCCCGCUGCUGCAGCCCUCGCUCCUGCAGCCGCCGCUGCCGCCGCAGUCUCUGCUGUUCCUGGCGGCCACCGGCGGCGCCGCCUCCUCCUGCUGCGGGGGGGAAGGGGGGGAGCGGAAGCGGCGCGGGAAGCGGCGCUCGGGCCCGCGGCACAAGCGGCGGCGCGGCAGGGUGGGGGGCGGCGGCGGCCUGCUGGCGGCCUCCGAGCGGCGCGGGAGCGGGGCGGGCCUGGGGCCGCUGGUGGAGGCGGCGGCCGAGGAGUACGACGACGUGAGCUCCCAGUCUGAGGGUCCGGGGGGCGGCGGGGCGGCCGGGGCGGGGAGCGGCGGGGGGAGCCCGGCCUCGUCCUCCCCCGGCGGGGGUGUUGGGGGCAGCCAGGCGCGCCCGAGCCGCUCGGAGUCGGAGCGGGGCAGCCGGCGGGCGCGGAGGGAGCACCGCAGCAGCAGCGGCCGGCGCUCCCGGGAGCGGCACCGCGAGCACCGCCGGCGGGGGGAGGACAAGGAGAAGUCGGCGGCGCAGCAGGAGGGGGCGGCCGCGGCCGCCAGAGGGGGAGUCGAGGCUUCCUCGUCCUCCUCCAAGUCCCGCAGCCGCCACAACCACAGCGGCGGCCAGGACCGUGAGGGCCCCCGGAGCAGCGGCGGCGGCGGCAGCGACGGCCGCAGGAAGGGCUCAGUUGCCUCGCCCAGCAGCGGAAGGAAGGACCGGGACAGUAAGGCCCACCGGAGCCGGACGAAAGCGGCCAAAGAGACUCCCUCGGCCUACAAGGACCCGCCCAAGGCCUACCGCGAAGACAAGGCCGAGCCGCGGGCCUACAGGCGGCAGCGGUCGCCCCCCAGCCCCUGCCGGGAUGACAGCCCCCCGGCCCACAGGGCCUCGCAGAGCCAGCGGAGUCGCAAGUCGCCCAGUCCCCGCUCCUCUCUCAGCCCUUACCGCCGACGAUCGCCCAGCUACAGCCGUCACAGCUCCUAUGAGCGGGGUGGAGAGGUGUCACCUAGUCCCUACAGUAGUUGGCGCCGGUCUCGCAGCCCCUACAGCCCUGCUGUCAGAAGAUCAGCAAAAUCCCGAAGCAGAAGCCCUUACUCGUCAAGGCACUCAAGAUCUCGCAGCAGGCACAGAUUAUCACGAUCCAGGAGCCGGCAAUCGAGUAUUUCUCCUAGUACUCUGACUUUCAAAAGUAGCCUGGCUGCAGAGUUGAACAAGAACAAAAAGGCAAGGGCUGCAGAAGCAGCCAAAGCCAACGCAAAAGCUUCAAAUGCCUCUACGCCAACAAAGGGAAAUGCUGAUACUGGGGUGACCCUGCCACAAGCAAACAACCUAAAGGAGCCGAAGAAGCUAAAAACGGAACAUGCACCUUCUCCUUCAAGAGGUCCAGCCUUGAAAAAUGACAAGACAAAGACAAAAGUCCCAGUUCCAGAGGCAAAGGGAGAGAACAGUUUGAUUGUAGAGAAAACUGUGAAGCAAAAACCUGCAGUGGUGAAGGAGAGUAAACCAGCCCCAGUGAAGCAGCCCACACCUCUGCCACCGCCACCACCACAGCCUGUUGCAGUAAAAGAGAAGAGCAAGCCCCUCCCUCCAAGUGCAACACCUAAGGAAAAGGAGCGACAUGUUCCUUUGAUGACUUCCACGCUGCCGCCUCUGCCCUUUCCUCCGAUGCUGCCUGAAGAUAAAGAUACAGAUAACUUACAGGGGCACAUGUCUGUGAAAGCAGUUAAAAAAGAAGUGGAGAAGAAAUUGCGCCACCUGCUUGCUGACCUGCCACUGCCACCUGAGUUGCCUGGAGGAGAUGAUUUGUCUAAAAGUCCUGAAGAAAAGAAAACGCCUGCUCAGCCCCACAUUAAAAAGAGGCCAAAAAUUUGUGGGCCACGCCAUGGUGAAACAAAGCAAAAAGAAAUUGACUGGGGAAAACGUUGUGUUGAUAAAUUUGAUAUCAUUGGCAUUAUUGGCGAAGGCACUUAUGGACAAGUUUACAAAGCAAGAGAUAAAGAUACAGGGGAAAUGGUGGCAUUAAAGAAGGUACGACUAGAUAAUGAGAAAGAAGGCUUUCCAAUUACAGCUAUUCGGGAGAUUAAGAUUCUUCGGCAACUUACUCACCAAAGUAUAAUAAAUAUGAAGGAAAUAGUGACUGAUAAGGAAGAUGCUUUAGAUUUCAAGAAAGACAAAGGCGCCUUUUACCUUGUAUUUGAAUACAUGGAUCAUGACCUGAUGGGGCUCCUGGAAUCUGGUUUGGUUCAUUUUGAUGAAAAUCAUAUAAAAUCCUUCAUGAGACAGUUGAUGGAAGGCUUGGAUUAUUGCCAUAAGAAGAAUUUCUUACACAGAGAUAUUAAAUGUUCCAAUAUCUUACUAAACAACAGAGGGCAGAUCAAACUUGCAGAUUUUGGGCUUGCUCGGCUGUAUAGUUCAGAGGAGAGUCGACCCUAUACCAACAAAGUUAUCACAUUGUGGUACCGUCCUCCUGAACUGCUGCUAGGCGAGGAACGAUACACACCUGCCAUUGACGUCUGGAGCUGCGGGUGCAUACUAGGAGAACUGUUCACUAAAAAGCCAAUAUUUCAAGCGAAUCAGGAACUUGCUCAGCUGGAACUGAUAAGCCGCAUUUGUGGGAGCCCUUGUCCUGCAGUAUGGCCCGAUGUGAUAAAACUGGCAUAUUUCAACACCAUGAAACCAAAGAAGCAGUACCGUCGAAGACUGAGAGAAGAAUUUGCUUUUAUUCCCUCAGCUGCCCUAGACCUCUUUGAUUACAUGCUUGCUCUGGACCCCAGCAAGCGCUGCACAGCUGAACAGGCUCUUCAGUGUGAAUUUCUUCGGGAUGUGGACCCUUCCAAGAUGCCUCCACCAGACCUUCCUUUAUGGCAGGAUUGUCAUGAGUUGUGGAGUAAGAAGCGCAGAAGGCAGAAACAGAUGGGUAUGACUGACGAUGCCACUAAAAUUCCAAGAAAAGAUUUGUCUUUAGGCUUGGAUGACAGCAGAGCCAACACCCCUCAGGGCAUGCAGACCUCUUCUCAACUGAAAAUGCAGGGCAACUCUAACAUGGCACUUGCAAAAGGAGGCAGCGGUCAGCCAUUGAAUCAAAAUGAAGUAGCUAUUCUUCUAAACCUGCUUCAGUCUAAAACCAGUGUUAACAUGGCACAGUUUGCUCAAGUACUGAACAUUAAGGUGAACCCAGAGACGGAACAACAGCUGAAUAAAAUAAACCUUCCAGCUGGCAUUUUGGAAGCAGGAGAAAAACAGCCAGAGCCACAGCAGUUGCAGCCACAGCAGGCACUACAGCCUCCCUCGCCAGACCAGGAACCUAUAAAACCAACUGCAGCCCCUCCGCCUUCUGUGCAGUCCACUCAGUCGACCCAAGCAAAAGUUGACACUGAGGUCACUCAGGCGACUGUGCAGAAUGCCUUUGCUGUUCUGUUAUCUCAGUUAUUAAAGGCUCAGCAAGUGAAGCAGAAAGAAAAUGCGCUGGAAGAGAAGGAGAAUGGGUCAGGGAAUGAAAUGCCAUUACACCCCAGGCAGCCUCCAGAGCCAAGUACACCUGCAUCUAGCAACUGGGAAGGUGCAGAAUCUCCAGCAUCCAUUUAUCCCCAUCUUAUUGAAUCAUUAUACGCAUGUGCAGGACAAGAGGAGUUGGUUAGGGAGCCUGAGAUGAGGCCUCAGACACCAGAAGAACGACCUCGUAUAUUACCCCCGGACCAGCGGCCUCCUGAGCCGCCAGAACCACCUCCUGUCACGGAAGAAGACCUUGAUUAUCGGACAGCAAACCAACACUUGUCUUCUGUUAGUGGCUCUUCAGGGAUGGAUCCUCACGCUGGGGUGAAAGCAGCUCUUCUACAGCUGCUAGCUCAUCAUCAGGCUCAAACAACUGAGAAGCCAGCAAUGUCUACUGUGGAUUUCCAGCCAAGAGACUCCUUCAUAGCUGCUCCAGACUAUAAGGAUAGCUUUGCGUCAUCUAUAUUCUCUUCAGCACACUACAGUAGUAGCGAUGGAAUAGGAAGUGGGUCAUCUGGGGCACUAGAAAGGGGAAAUUUUGUUGGCAACUCGGAAGUUCAGCCCUUGGAGAACUACAGCACUGCUUCAUCUCACUCUAGUAGUGCCCCUCCACCUCCUGCCUUCUCAGAAUCAUUUCAUAGCUCAGUAACUGGUUAUGGAGACAUUUACCUCAACACUGGUCCCAUGCUAUUUAGUGGUGAUAAGGACCAUAGAUUUGAAUAUAGCCAUGGUCCUAUCACAGUUCUGGGUAACAGUGGUGACAAUUCUGCAGGGUCAGAAAGUACUCAUUCUUUGUCCACAAAGAUGCAGAACUAUAGCUAUGGAACUAAUUUACAAGAGCCCCCUGGCAGCAUCAGCCACCUGCAUGGACAAACUUGGACUUCUCCCGUCCAAGGCCCUGGAUAUUCACAAGGAUACAGGGGACAUAUUGGCACAUCGACAGUCAGAGGUCGAGGCAGAGGACUGCCCUAUUGAGCAUCUAUUUUGUUUUUCUUCCCCUUUCCCCUCAGGCACAUCGUUUUUACCUGGAAAGACUUUGUAGCUGUGAUUUCAAAGCAGCAUCCAACAGACUUGAAUAAUGUUAAUUCAACAGCUUUAUUUUUAUGUGGGAAAGGGUCUUGCGUACAAUAGGAAACUGCUUACAAUUCAUGCUGUUCUGAGAAACCAGAUAAUUGAUUGUACAUCUUUGCAAAUUCUAGCUAUAAAUUUUAUAUUUUGGCAAUUUUAAGUCAAUGCUAAAUUUAGGGACAUCAGCUUUUUAUGGCACUCUUGUCAGUUCUGAACUAUGCACACACUUGUGCUUUUUUUUGUAAGUUUGGACCAACUUUUAUGUAAAGAUUUUACAACAAUCAAAGCAGGGCACUGAUUUAUUUGGUAUUUCUUUUUACAAAACUACCUUUACUCAAAAAGUCACUGUCAGUCUUUGCACUGCUUUCAGUGUUAUCUGUGGAAGGUGUUCUUUGUGCUCAUUUCAGACAAUAAAACACAGUCUCUCUUGAUACAACAGUUUUAUAUAUAUUUUGGCAUUGAUUUGAUUUACUUCAAAGUCGGUCAUUCAUCGAGUAAAUUUUCCUGUCCAUCUUCCCAGUGUUUGUAUAAAAACUGUUUUACUUGAAUGGUAAGUGCCUUAACAAUGUAAGCUUAAGGUCUGAAGAACAUUUCAUUAAAUUAAAAAAGCUGUUUAAAGGGUACUUUGUAGUUUAAUACAAAGAUGUAAUAUUUACACUACAUUAAUAGUAAUAUAUGGACAGAUGGGAUAGAUGGCAUUUUUAUGGAUUCUCACAAGCCGUUGUUAUAGGUGAGUCCAAUUAAGAAACACUUAGCCUUUUCUUUCCUCAAAUUACCAUCCCUUACUAAAUGAGAAUGUGUGGACAAUAAAGAAAGGUAGGUUUCCUUCAGUUUCUGUAAGAGCUUGUUCAAAUUACUUUACCAAAUAAAAUUUAGUGUCCUGUUUUA